UGUUUUACAUGUAGUUUCAUUUUUCACUGCCACUCACUCCGACGCCUCAAACCCUAGCGCACUCUUUCCAGUUCUCUCUCUGAAGCCUUCCCAAAAUGGCUUCACGCAGACUCGUAUCUUCUCUGAUUAGGUCUUCCCUUCGUCGAUCUUCGACUCAAUCUUCCAUUACCAGCUCUAGGCCUAGACUUUCUUCUUCGACUGUGUCCGGUCGUCCUUCUCCGUAUGGCUACCUCCUCAAGCGGGUCGCUGAGUACGCUACAUCUGCUGCAGCCGCUGCUGCCCCGCCUCCUCCGGCCAAGAAGGACGCGGGAAGUGGUGGUGGGAAGAUUGUUGAUGAGUUCACUGGCAAGGGUGCGAUCGGUCAGGUGUGCCAGGUCAUUGGUGCCGUCGUCGAUGUUAGAUUCGAGGAGGGAUUGCCUCCGAUCUUGACUGCCCUUGAGGUUAUGGACCAUUCGAUUCGAUUGGUGUUGGAGGUGGCUCAGCAUUUGGGGGAGAACAUGGUUAGGACUAUUGCUAUGGAUGGAACUGAAGGCGUUGUUAGAGGACAGCGCGUGCUCAACACUGGAUCGCCUAUUACCGUUCCUGUGGGUAGGGCUACCCUUGGGCGUAUCAUUAAUGUCAUUGGAGAGGCUAUUGAUGAGAAGGGUGAACUCAAAACUGAGCACUUCUUGCCAAUUCAUCGAGAAGCUCCUGCUUUUGUUGAGCAAGCAACUGAACAACAGAUCCUUGUUACAGGCAUUAAGGUUGUGGACCUGCUCGCACCAUACCAAAGAGGUGGAAAGAUUGGAUUGUUUGGCGGUGCUGGUGUAGGAAAAACUGUGCUCAUCAUGGAACUUAUUAACAAUGUUGCAAAGGCUCAUGGUGGUUUCUCUGUGUUUGCUGGUGUUGGUGAACGAACCCGAGAGGGUAACGACUUGUACAGAGAAAUGAUUGAGAGUGGUGUCAUUAAGCUUGGUGACAAGCAGAGUGAGAGUAAAUGUGCUCUUGUAUACGGUCAAAUGAAUGAGCCCCCUGGUGCUCGUGCCCGUGUUGGUCUGACUGGGCUUACAGUUGCUGAACACUUCCGAGAUGCUGAAGGGCAAGAUGUGCUUCUUUUCAUUGACAACAUUUUCCGCUUUACCCAAGCCAACUCAGAGGUGUCUGCUUUGCUUGGUCGUAUCCCUUCUGCUGUCGGUUACCAACCAACCUUGGCUACUGAUCUUGGAGGUCUUCAAGAGCGUAUUACAACCACCAAGAAGGGUUCAAUUACCUCUGUCCAAGCUAUUUAUGUGCCUGCUGAUGACUUGACAGAUCCGGCUCCUGCUACCACUUUUGCUCACUUGGAUGCUACAACUGUGUUAUCACGACAGAUCUCUGAGCUGGGUAUCUAUCCUGGUGACCCCUUAGAUUCUACUUCCCGUAUGCUUUCACCCCUUAUAUUGGGUGAGGAUCAUUACAAUACUGCUCGUGGUGUACAAAAAGUGCUUCAGAACUACAAGAAUCUUCAAGAUAUCAUUGCCAUUUUGGGAAUGGAUGAGCUUAGUGAAGAUGAUAAAUUGACUGUUGCUCGUGCACGUAAAAUCCAACGUUUCUUGAGCCAGCCUUUCCAUGUUGCUGAAGUCUUCACUGGUGCCCCUGGUAAAUAUGUAGACUUGAAGGAGAGCAUCAACAGCUUCCAGGGUGUGUUGGAUGGCAAAUACGAUGACCUUCCUGAGCAAUCAUUCUACAUGGUUGGAGGUAUCGACGAGGUUGUUGCAAAGGCAGAUAAGAUUGCUAAGGAAUCUACAUCAUAGGUUCAUAACCACACAGCGUUCCUACUAUGUUGAUCCGUUUUUUGAUAGUUGCAUAAAUCAAUAAUUUAGGAACUCUGGGCAAUGCCGAAUGAAAGAAUCUUUCAAUUUUUUUCUCUUGGUACCAAAUGUGUCAGGAUUUUCCAUUCCCAUUUCAAAUCUUUGUUGCCAAUUGUGAAAGUGAAACGGAGCCUGUGGCCCCAUGCACCCCCUUUUCUAUUUGUGCCAAUAAGGGGAAAAAGGCAAGAGAACAUGUACAUUUCUGCUGUUCUGGUUCAGAAACUUGGUUGCAUUAAUGUUGAAAACUUUAGCUGAGUUUUUUCCCA